CUGGGCCUCGCCGCGCCGCGCCGCUGCGGCUCCUCCUCCCUCCUUCCGUCCCCGGCUCCUUCCGUCCGUCGUUCCUUCCUUCCUGCUCCGCCCGCGUGCCUCGCGCUAUGGCUUAGCGCCUCCGCUCUGCCCGCACCACCUGAGGAUCCCGGAAGCCGUCCCCGCGAUGGAAGAGGACCAGGAGCUGGAGAGAAAAAUAUCUGGAUUGAAGACCUCAAUGGCUGAAGGCGAGAGGAAGACAGCCCUGGAAAUGGUCCAGGCAGCUGGAACAGAUAGACACUGUGUGACAUUUGUAUUGCACGAAGAGGACCAUACCCUAGGAAAUUCUCUUCGUUACAUGAUCAUGAAGAACCCGGAAGUGGAAUUUUGUGGUUACACUACAACCCAUCCUUCAGAGAGCAAAAUUAAUUUACGCAUUCAGACUCGAGGUGCUCUUCCAGCUGUUGAGCCAUUUCAGAGAGGCUUGAAUGAGCUCAUGAAUGUCUGCCAACAUGUGCUUGACAAGUUUGAGGCCAGCAUAAAGGAAUAUAAGGAUCAAAAAGCAAGCAGAAAUGAAUCCACAUUCUAGUCCCUUAUGCACUAUACGGGGAGGACUAUCCUCUAGGAUAUUCUCUUCGUGAUCUUGCAAAACCAGAAGUAGAAGUUUGUGAUUACAACUCCAUCUGCCCUUCACAAAGGCGUGCUUCUAGCUAUUACCCAUUACAGCUGCUGGAAUCCCUGCAAGAACCUUUGUACUCAUCUAAUAAAUUCCCUCUUUUAUUUAAACUAA